GGAUAACAGUAACGCCGGCCCCAGCCGAGGGUGCAGGUGGACGGGUGCUCUGAUUCCUCAACCUCGAGAUUCGGACGUUGACGGCUCCCGAUCCCUGCGAAAGACCCCCAUCUCAACCAAAUUCCCUAUCACGAAAAUGUACUCCAAGACAUAGUUUCUUGCUUUUGAACACGGGACUGCGCAUCGGACAAAAGAUUAGGUGCCUAACGAAUACGCAAUCAAGUCUACAAUCUAACCUAAAGGUCUGCGACCAGGCCCAGGCCCAAGCUUGGACGAUCCUAGUGACGCACAGCCAAACUUGACUCUGCCUCUGCCUCUGCCUAUUGGAAACCUGGUCCUUCAACCCUCUUCAGCCUUUGUUACAAUAAAACGCGAAUAUUAUACAAUUUUAUAUUACAAUUGACAAUUCUCGAACCAAUUCUCCUCAGGAAGUAUUAUAUCCAAUCUGGCUCUUCAAAUCCGAUUUGCAGCUUUGAAAGCGAUUCGAUAGCUUAAUAUUACAGAAUCCUUUCGCGGCGCCCUUUUUUAUAGUAUAUUGUUCUCAUUGCGCCCGGUGUCAUUGGUCCUGUAGCCACAGGUAUCCAAAUUGCUUGCAGUAGGCCGAUCCUAUCUAUAGGCCAAGGUGCCAAAGGCGUAUAUAUCCACGACAAGGCAAUGGGUCCUCCACGUGUUGCAGUCCCUAAACCGGGACCGGCAAAGCUGACGCCUGGUGCGGGCUUGGACGAAUGGCUCGAGCAAGCUAAACAAUGUCGUUAUCUACCCGAGCCAGUCAUGAAAGAGCUUUGCGAAAUGGUUAAGGAAGUCUUGAUGGAAGAAUCAAACAUUCAACCCGUAAUCACUCCAGUUACCAUCUGUGGUGACAUCCAUGGACAAUUCUACGAUUUGCUCGAGCUUUUUCGCGUCAGCGGCGGCAUGCCAGGCCAACCUGCCACAGAACCCCCCGCAUCCUCCACUGCUGUCAUAACAUCAGCCGAUAUCGAGCCUCCGACAGAGAUCACAAAUCCAAAGCUGAAGAAAAAGAUAAAGAAGCCAAAAACCACAACUGGAGACGUUCCGGGACUGCCUAGUGAGGAAUCUACUAAUGUGGAAGAGGAAGAAGAAGAAGGCAACGAUUCCGGCCUGCGCAAUCCCUCGGACUCUACGUCGCCAGUCGUAAAUGCUGAUACCCGUUUUGUGUUCUUGGGCGAUUUUGUGGACCGAGGAUAUUUUAGUCUCGAGACAUUCACACUACUCAUGUGUCUGAAGGCCAAAUAUCCGGAUAAGAUUGUCCUCGUCCGUGGAAACCAUGAGUCUCGUCAGAUCACUCAGGUAUACGGGUUUUACGAAGAGUGCCAACAAAAAUACGGAAAUGCGUCUGUUUGGAAAUCUUGCUGUCAAGUCUUUGAUUUCCUAGUUCUAGCAGCCAUUGUGGAUGGUGAAAUACUUUGUGUUCAUGGAGGUCUGAGUCCAGAAAUCCGCACCAUUGACCAGAUCCGCGUGGUGGCCCGAGCACAGGAGAUCCCGCACGAGGGCGCCUUCUGUGAUCUUGUCUGGAGCGAUCCUGAAGAAGUCGAGACUUGGGCUAUCAGCCCGCGAGGCGCAGGAUGGCUUUUUGGUGACAAGGUAGCAACGGAAUUCAACCACGUCAAUGGAUUGAAAUUGAUUGCCCGUGCCCACCAGCUUGUUAACGAAGGUUACAAGUAUCACUUCCCACAAAACUCGGUUGUUACGGUCUGGUCAGCGCCAAACUACUGCUAUCGUUGUGGAAACGUGGCUUCUAUCAUGUCAGUUGAUAAGAACCUGGACCCGAAGUUUAGCAUAUUCUCGGCUGUGCCUGAUGAUAUGAGGCAUGUACCCGCGGGACGACGCGGGCCAUCUGAUUACUUCUUAUGAUGACGCACUAUACAUAAGUUAUAAAACCCUUCGCACAAUUUUGAAGUUCUUGAUACCACCACAAAGGCGUUAUGGGGAGAGGAUUUUUCACGUCGUUUCAUACAGCAUGAAGGACUGAUGAACAGGGAACCAAAGGGUAUAGACAACAAGGCCCGGGCAUGUAUGAUGGUAAGGAUGGAUAAGGGGUCGACCAUGGAAAUGUAGCACCGUAUUUCACGGUAGCGUUAUGAUCUGUAUAGUAGGACUUUGGAAUCACUGUCCGUUACGUAGCGGGCGAAGAGAGUUAAAAGGUGACGUGUGCACCCUGAGUUAACACGAUAUGAAUUUUGCUUUAUGGAGUUGUUUGCCUAUACUUGAUUCUGCCAAAAAUUAACUUCCAAGAUACCGAAUUGAUUUAUAUAACUGGUUACUGGCUAAGCUCUUGAAUUUAAAAGGAUAUCUUGACAGGUAUUCCGUACCUACUUAGGAGGUAUAUAGUAGAUAAAGACCUAACAC